AAAUAGAAUGUCUUAACAUUGAAGACCAAUCUGUAGAGUAUGCAGUCUCUGAACAAGCCUUCUGACAAUAGGAUAACCAAACAUUUCUAAGAAUAAUAAAAAAAAGGGAAAAGAAUGGAAACUGAUCAGAAGCUGAGAGUAUUGAAGACAAAACCAGGGCUCUUAAAUCCCACCGUAAGUCCACACAAUGUCCUUAUGUUCAGUUAGUAAGAGGAAGUAGUGUGUAUUUCAAUUUGUGAUAAUUUUAUUCAUGUGUGCAGAUAAGAAUGUAUCAGUUGAAUCUAUGUUUUUAUGACAUACUUGUCUAAAGCUACUAAAAUACGUUUUUGGAUGGAGGAUGUGGAUCAUUGUGAAUUGAUAUUUAAUUAGAUGAAUAUUGUUGUAAGAUAACUCAGUUAUUUGAUGUACCUAUAUGAAAUGUACAAACCUCACGAUCGCGCAGAUUUGAUUUAUGAAAUGGUCAACUAAGCGUUUCUUCUUUACAAGGUUAAUACAAAUACCACUGAUACAGGCAAUGACACACUGUCCCAAGGCACAUUCUAUUUGGUUAGAUCAGUUUGAGUUGCAUUUAAAUAAAUAAUCGAUAUGAUAAUAUUGAUAAGGCUGCUUCAAUGUGUUUUUAUUUUGAAAGUUGCGAUAAAAACAUAUUUAAAUCCACUACAGCACCAAAAUUUUUUUUUUUUACAUUUAUUUAUUUAUAUUUAUUUUUUUAAAUAUGACUUCUUUUUAUAUUUUAAAUUUUGAAUUUUUUUUUAUAUGUUUUCAUUAACUCUGGCACUCAUGAAUCACAUCUACAUAAAAAAGGGCAGAUUGGAAGUUUAAUGUAAACAAAUUUCAAGACUUGUACUUAAGAACUGCUAUUGGGUCUUGUUUGUUCGUAAACAUGAGUUAACCCAUGGUAGGUUCACUGAAAUAAAUGGGAACUCGGCUCUAAAAAACUAAUUAUAAUAACUUUAAGUAUGUUUUAAGAAUUGAUUUCAGUGUGAUUUGGUGUUUUUUUUUUGUUAUUUUUCAAUCUACUUUUGUUAGACAGAGUAGAAGGAACCAACACAAUAACCUAAAGGUAAUAUGAUGGCAGUGUGUCCUACGGGAAUUUCCUUUUCAUAAGAUAAAACAAAUUGUUAGAUUUUUCUAAAGUCAUGUUUAAGCAAAUACUGUCAUUGAAUUUUAGGCGGUGGUUUGUUUUUUACAGUUCACACCUGAAGCAGAAGCAGGAAAAGGAAGAAACAUUGUUAUGACAAACACAGUCACAGGCAUUCGGGGAACAAACCAGAAAAUGGACAAUAGCCCCAAAUUGCUGACACCUAAACUAAAGAAAGAAAAAAAUUAUAUAAAUUUUGAAUCACGUGAUUGUAGUCCAGAAAACCUCUCUGUAAAAAGGGAACGUGAAGAGGAUCAACAGGUGAAAGGCAGACUCUAUACCACAAAAACUACAUUGUCAACAGACAUCAAAAACAUGGAUAAUUUUCCAUUGAAAAGGCCAUUUAAAUUAGCACCGUUAGAACUCCCUGCCGAAGUUAAAGAAGUGCAGAUGCAAAAAAUCAGGGCCAUGCAAGAUGAAAUUUUUCUGGAUAAACAGAAAACGUAUUUCAAUGUUCCCAGAAGAAAACCUACGUCAACAGAUAACCCUGCAAAAAGAGAUGUCAUCAAGAAAGACACCUUAGCGGAAAAUACAUUGCCCACGCUUAAAAUAAACUCGAAUGCUGCAAGAGGCCCCAUGCCAGAAGAGAACCCAAGUUCCCAACAACCUUUUCAGCUGGACCAAGGAAACACCCAAGCAGCCCAAGCAGUGCUUUCUACUGUCCCUAAACUGAAAGCAAGGAGAAGCAACGCUAACAAUUCAUCAUUACACAACACCCAGACGAAUCCCCCACAGACGUCUACAAAAUCACGUUUUAGACACUUAGCAAAACCAAAUGAAAAUGAGAGUCAAAGCAAGCUUUCCAUUAUACAACUAAACAGAGAUCAUUUACGGGAGACAACUGCCAACAAAAAAAAGUGAAAAGACAGAAAAUAUAGAUAACUCGUUUUGUCAUUUCAGUUAUGGGUGGAAGGAAAUUGCUGUUGAUUACAGAAAGCAUGUGGUGUUUGAGUUAGAUCCAGAGUGUGUAUGUAUCAUCGACUCUAUAUGGUGCUAACGGGCUGGAGUAUUUGUAACAUUUGACAACGUGGAGACUACCAGCUGUACAGUUACUAUAACUCUGCCCUUCUUGUCUAUAAUUUUCAUAGGAUAUAAAUUCUGCUUUACACUCAAGUAAUCAACACUGACAAAAAGGCUAGUCUGCCAAACACCCACAAAUACCACACCCCAUUGCUAAUGCUGAUUUAAAAAAGAGAAAAUAGCAGAUUUAAAUGAUGCUUACAAAAAACUUAAAUGAACACUAUAGGGUCAGGAACACAAAUGUGUAUUCCUGACCCUGUGGUGUUAAAAAAACAUGUUAGCCCCAUGGCACUCCUUCCCCCCUUAAAAAGGUAGAAAACUUACCUUUUAUCCAGUCCACAGCUCUGCCACCGCCCCGCCUCCUUGGUUGAGAUCAUCAGAACUGACGUUCUCAGCCAAUCCAAUGCUUUUCUAUGGGAGAAAGGAGGUGGAUUGGGGGUGGGGCCACUAUAGGUGGACCGGCCCCACUCCACCACCAUGGCUGAGAAAACUGACUACCAUCCAUAACUCAUAUAUGAUAAUAUUAAGACAAACAUAUUAAUACGCCAGUCCUAAGGAUUUAAACCAAUGUGGCGGCAAGGAGUGGGGGAGAGAGGUGAGAGGGGGCAGAGCCAUACGCUGCCCUGGCCAAUCAGUAUCGCCUCAUAGAGAUGCAUUGAAUCAAUGCAUCAAUGCAUUUAUAUAGAAAAGUUCAGCAUCUCCAUGCAGAGGGUGGGGACACUGAAUGUCAGUGCUGCACAGUCUGCAGCACGGCCCCAGAAUCACCUCUAGUGGCCAUCUUAGUGACUACCACUGGAGGUGUCCUUAGGCAGCAAUGUAAACACUGCCUUUUCUCUAAAAAUUACUCCAUCAAUAUAUACUGUUUGCAAAACUAAACACAGCAGAGUACUUCACAUGGUAUAUUCUAAGCAAUAUCAUGCGUCCAUUUUUACCCAAUUUUUUGUUUUUAUUUUUACAUACUUGCUGUAUUUUGAGCUUUUUUUAUGAGUGAAAAUAGAUUAAAGAAAGGAAAUAAAAAAAUAACAGAUCAAAUAAAGAGUGAGCAGAAAGAUGUAGAAGAUCUUGUAUGAAAUAGUACUGUACAAGAUAAAUAUUAGGUAGGUAGGGUAAUUGAUGUAAGGGCUGGAAAGAUGAGGACUUGGUGGAGUAUUAGCUCUUUUGGAACAGAGACUGAGGGUCUCCUUGUCCUGUUUUGGUGGGGAGUUUGAGAGAAUGAUUAAUGUUAUUUGGACCCCAGUGUCAGUUUACAUCAGUUUCAGAAAAGCUUUUUUUUUUUUACAGAAUUUAGUAAGUGGAUCUGAAACGUGAAACCAGUAAGCUCACAAAAAAAAAGGAAAAUGGUAUUUUGGUAAUGCCUUAGAUUUUAAUAUUUAAAUUCAGCUUACUAAUAAAUCUUAGCAGGCAAACCCUCAAAAUCAGUACACUGUGUAAGCGUACGGUCUUUAUUCAGAUAUAUCGCAAAAUAAAAUGAGAAAUAAAACGUCAUAAAUAUUCAAGUGUUAUCUCCUGGAAGCACUGAUGCAUUACAUAGAAAACAACCUGUAUAGGAGCAUUAAUAAUCCCAUUGUACAGCGCUACGGAAUCUGAUGACACUAUAUAAAUAAUAAAAUAAAAUAAUAACACCUCAAAGGGCACUAAUGCAUUUAUAAACAGGUACGCUCAGUAUGAUAAACAACAAAAUGUACUAAUGCAGAUACAGCAAGCACUCCAAACUGCAUUUAGACCAAGCAUCUUGUAGCCACAUAAGCUAUGUAGCAUCACUUGUAAAAACACAUCCUAUUUUUUCUAUUUUAAUGUCUCUUUAAAUAUAUUUUCACAUUUUAAUAAGAAUGCCUUUCAGUUUUAAGUGUUCCUCUGCGUAACCAGAAUAACUCAGCAAAACAAAAGCAGAAGACGGCAUUUGAAAAUAUUUGUAAAGACCCAACAAGUAGAGAAAUCCAAAUUGCUGUCAAAAUACUUUGCAAGUCUCUCCUCUAAUGAAUGUUUGAUAAAAUUUUAUGAAGAAGAUUUAAAGCUGGGAUUGAACAGAGUGAAUUAUCGCAGUCUGACAGACGCUUAACCUUUCUAACUACUUAAAAUGCUCGCUGGCGAUGGCUCUCAGUUCUACAUAAACUGGGAUUCUUCGCGUCUCAAUUACGGGGGCUGAUAUUAUUAGACUUGAUGACUUUAAUCCUUAACAUCUUUAAUAAUGACAAUGAUAUAACACACUAAUAAGAACAUUAAAAAGCUAUAAAUUCAGUGUUAGUGUAUAUUUAUUAAUGUAAUGCGUGUGCAGAAAUACAUUUCAAUAUCUUCUUCUUUUGUGACAUGCAAAAAUAUAAUCCUGUCCCUAUGCACAUCACUUAUAAAGGCAGGCAGAAUAUUACCUUGUGAUAUGUAGAUAAUGCAAGAGUAUCUCUCUGUCUGCCUGUCCACCUAUCUACCUACCUACCUCUCAAAUCUAUCCAUCUGUCCAUCCAUCCAUGUGUCUGUCUGUUUAUCUAUCUAUCUAUCUAUCUAUCUAUCUAU